AUGAACAGAGUUUUUACUUUUGCUUUGCUCUUUUUUUCAUUCUUUUUCAUCUUUGACACAACUGUAUGUGAUGAAACAGUGACUAGAGAUGCAUUGCUCAAGUUUCUUGCAGAGGUAUCUAACAAUAAUAGUACAAUUCUUGGUACUAAUUCGGGCUGGAACUCGACAUCUGAUCCUUGCAAGGACAAGUGGCUUGGUGUUACAUGUAACGCGAAGACUCUCUCCGUGGAGAAAAUCAUUCUUGAUGGUUAUGAUUUUUCGUCUGGAACGUUUGAUGUUACCACGAUUUGUAAUGUGGAGCCUAUCGCGCACACCCUUUUCUUCCUGAGUCUGAAAAAUGGCCUACUUCAGGGGAAAAACUUUGACAGUAUAGAUAAAUGUAAGCAUCUAAGACAUCUUGUUCUUGGUGGAAACCGGUUCUCAGGUAGCAUUCCACAAUCAUUUUCAAGAUUGAAUAACUUGAAAAGGCUUGACAUAUCCAACAAUAGAUUAUCAGGUGUUCUCCCUGAUUUAUCUAGGAUUUCGGGCUUGAUUGAAUUCGAGGCUCAGAAUAACCAGCUAUCAGGAGAGAUACCUGAAUUUGAUUUCUCAAACUUUGUUGCAUUUAAUGUCUCUUUCAACAAUUUCAGUGGAUCGAUUCCGCCUGAGGGUGAUAGUUUCCCUGUUAGUAGAUACAUGGAAAAUCCUCUGUUGUGUGGCUCCCCGUUGGCUGGAAAAUGCUCAUUACUGUCCGAAGAUUCAGAAUCAGCUGAUCAUGACAAGCCAAAGAGCAGCUUGUCAAGAGAUGAAAUUCUCAUGUUUUCAGGUUAUUUCCUCAUAGGCCUGGCUCUGGUUCUUCUUAUCCUACUAUGCGUCUAUAGAAAACGGAAGCAGAAGCAGCAGAAGAAGAAAGAAUCAAGAAUCGAGCUGAUGAAAAAGGUUGCUACAGUUGAUCAUGACAGUACUACUACAUCAAUGGAUCAAUCAAAGAAAGGCGCGAGCAAUUCAGAUAUCUCAUCAGCUGUCAUUUCUUCCGAUGACAGCAACACCGCAGUUUCACAGUCACUCGUGGUUCUUACGAGUCCUGAGGCGAAUAACGGAUUGAGAUUUGAGGAUUUGCUUAAGGCUCCAGCAGAGUUGCUUGGAAGAGGGAAACAUGAGGAUAAAAGAUUGGUCAAUAACUGGUAG